AUGCCAUCCUCCUGGACUUUGAGACCUCCCGCUCCGUCGAAGUUGAAGGUCGCCUCUGGGAGGCGCAUCUCAAGAUCAACACCCGCUUCCGAAAGUUGCUCUCCCGCAAAGCUUGAGAAGCACUACUUGGAAUUCAUCAAAUCAAGCCAGCGAUUCUAUCGCGGCUACAUCCAACAAUUGGCGUCCCACUUUGGCGGCAUCUCGGAGUUGGAGAAGGUUGCGCGGAAGUUCAGCUUUGACAAUCUCUCCGCAGAGCCUCCCGUCUAUCCUUCCGAAAUCCUACGCAAUUACAUCCUUCAAUCAUGCCAUGCAACUCUUAUUCGUCUUGGUGAUCUCUCCCGUUACCGCGAAACCGAGUUGGUUACCAAAGAACGCAACUGGGGCCCCGCAAUCGGCUACUAUGAUCUAGCCACUGUGAUCUACCCAGCUUCCGGAGCAUCGCACAAUCAGUUGGCUGUUAUUGCACUUGCUGAUGCUAACCAUUUAAAGGCCACCUACCAUCUCUAUAGGGCACUUUCGGCCCAAGAACCCCAUCCAGGUGCCAGGGGCAAUCUUGAGAUCGAGUUCAGAAAGGUCAGGGGAUUAUGGGCAAAACAGCAGCUGAUUCCGCGUGGCGAUGCUGGCAUUCCGGGCAAAGCAUUAGCCCCUCUAUUUGUCUAUCUUCAUGCACAGUGUUACAAAGGCAUUGAUUUUACGGAACAUGAUGAACUCGAAAGUGAAGUUCUAAAUCAGCUGGCAGUGGAUCUCAAAGAACGUUCCUUGGAGGGAACUCUGCAAAAGUUCUGUUUGAUCAACAUCGCAGCGGAGGAUGCCUCCCGGAAUCGGUCGAAUGAGAAUUCAGGGACAAACGCUCACCUGUUCUUCCAACGUAUUAACGUCAAAACAUACUUCACACUCCUGCAGAUUCUCUUAGCUGAGGUUGAGCGGUUCGCUGUUGAGGAUUCAGGCAGUAAUAAUAAAGAGAAAGUUGGGGCUGACAAAGUCACCGUUGUUGCCCGGCGGAUCUUGCCAGCCCUCCGCAACUAUAGCGCUUGGCUAUUGACAGUCAGCAGCCACUUGGUCGCCUACAAGGAGAAAGAUACCCCUCUUGCAGUCCAACUCGCAGAGUUUUGGAAGAUCUAUGCCAACACGCUUACUCUACUCGCGUCCACUUUUGACGUGGUACAUCUCCCAGAGGUGGAAUAUCUCCUUGAAGAAGACGAAGAGACCUUGUGUUUCGUGCCGCUUAGCGAAGGUGUUACGCGUCGGUACUUGGAUGCACAGGGACAGCAGAAACCUUCAAUGAAUGAUCCAGGCGUUGAGAGAAACCACCCUAACAUUGAGAUGCUCUACCGCAUCCGGGAAUUUGUCAUUGACGGCUUGGAUUUAGUUGUGGGCAAUAAAAUCCCUAUUGCUCUUGUUGACGACGAAGACAAGAAGACGUUUAUCUACAAGGAAGAUGGUCUUCCGUCUCAAUUCUUCGCUAGUCCCUCCGGUCAUCACCACUCGCUCUCCACCGCAAGCAUUGAACGAGAGGAUAUCCAGCAGGUUAGACAAGAAGCGAACUUCCAAACAGAUACCAGAAGCACCUUUGGGGGCUCUCAAUCUGCGUCUGUUUCUAUGUCUGCUGCUAUGAAUGGGAUCGUUGAGGGAGUUGAGCGCUUGGUUGAAUCUGACACUUACGAGAAUGCCCCAGUCGUCCCUAAUCGCUCAUUCGACCCGGUCGCGAACGCCACGCCGAUAAAUGACAAUGUCCCUACUCGUCAGACGCCUCUUGCUCCACCUGGGCUUGGCCCCCCUUUGGCUAGCUAUUCUGCCGCUUUGCCUCGUGUGUCAUCGUCCCAAUCGUUUACGCCACAGGCUGCGAUCCCCGGACUUCCUACUAUUUGGAGCACUGGUGCUUUCUCUCCAGAAUUUCGCGAUGUUUCUCCACGCACUCCGCCUGGUCUUGGAAUACAGAAUCCUCAGGGAUCAAUGGUUACCAGAAACACCAGCAGUCCGGGUCUUGGAUACGCGCGUCAAGAUACCGUUAAAGGCGACUCGAUACCCCGUCAGAGUCUUUUUGCGCAAGGACAGCCCGAGAGUAAUUCGCUCAACGGAAAUGUUCCCAUAUCCCCAUUCCUAGCUCCGUCGAUAUAUCACCAACGCUUCUCUAGCUCCUCUUGGGAUCCAUAUGGCAUAGCCGCGCCCGCGAGUCCCUUUUUACAACAGGCAUAUCCUCGCUCUGCAGGCUUCGGACCUGCCAAUCAGCCAAUGUCAAGUGGAUUUGAUAACACGUCGUGGGCUAACAAUGCUUUCAUUGAUAAUACCAUUUCAUCGGGAUACGUCUCAAGUCCAGGCCUCGACGGUGCUCGGAGAGCGCCCUCGGCUCCGUUUGGCGCUAUUGGUCAAUCCCCUCGUCUCGGACACGGUGGCUGA